AUGACCCAGUUACGAGUUCUCAUAUCGGGCGGUGGAAUUGCCGGUCCCGCUGCUGCUUUCUGGCUCUCGCGGCUCGGUCACUCAUGUACCGUUCUCGAGCGGUUCCCCUCGCUGCGUACGGGUGGCCAGCAAAUCGACAUCAGGGGACAGGGUAUCGAAGCCGCAAAGCGCAUGGGGAUACUUAACCAAAUCCGAAAACAUGCUGUCGAUGAAGGUGGAUUACAGUAUGUGGACAUGCAUGGGAACCAGAAAGCCUUGCUGGAGCGAAACGACUCUGGUAAAGGCAGACAGUCUUUCACCAGUGAGUAUGAGAUUAUGAGAGGCGACCUUUGCAAGAUCAUAUACGAUGCGGCAGAGGGAAGAACACAAUACCGGUUUGGAACGUCAGUCGAGAGUUUUGAGAAUGUCGGCGACAAGGUCAAUGUGAAACUCACUGGGGGAACCACCGAGACCUACGACUUGCUCAUUGCAGCCGACGGCCAAGGAUCAAGAUUACGACGGAAAAUGUUUCAAGACGAGCCCGAGUCAACUUAUACACGCUAUCUCGGCUUGAAUGGGUGCUUCUAUGGUCUCCCACGGAAGCCUGGCGAUCCUAAUCUGGCGACAGUGUAUAGCGCACCGGGUCGAAGAGUCAUGUCGACACGCUGGCAUAGCAAAGACAGGGGGCAAGCGUAUCUUUUGACCAUGUCCCAUGACAAGGAGUUUGAAGAGGUCAUGAAAAAAGAUGUUGACUCCCAGAAGAAGCUUUUCAGCGAGAUAUUUCAGGAUGCUGGGUGGCAGGCUCCCCGGCUCAUCGAGGCCAUGAACGAAGCCGACGACUUCUACGCCCAGCCUGCCGUGCAAAUAAAGACGAAAACUUGGUUCAAGGGUCGAGUUGUCCUGCUUGGAGAUGCUGGAUAUGCACCAUCACCAUUGACGGGCGUGGGUACGACACUCGCCCUAAUAGGGGCCUGUGUCCUCAGCGGAGAGAUUGCAAGAAACAGCCACAACAUACCCAAGGCACUGGAGGCGUACGAGACUACUUUACGACCGUAUGUAGAGCAGUCUCAGAAGCUGCCACCUUUUGUGCCGGGGAUAGCGUAUCCCAAGUCUGCUCUUGGUAUCAAGAUUUCAUACUCGUUGUUGGCGUUGGUGACUAAGUUGAAGAUUGACAAGGCCCUUCUCUCAAUCUUGCCAGAGAAUAGGGGGUCUUGGAGGAUUCCGGAGUAUCGAGAACUCGAGGGUUUCGAGGCACGGGAGUUGUAA